UUCUGUAAUUACAGUGUCGGUAAGUUGAUUUUGUCGUUUUUUGUAGUCGUAAUUAAUAGGGAUGCUGACUACGAAGUUUUCUGGUAAGUAAAUAUAAAAAGGAAGAGUUUGUAUUUGUUUAGUUUUUAUGUAUUUUUGUCGUAUUGCGUGAUUUUGUAAAGUGCGAGAGGUUUCAAUAGUGACCGCUAGGUGUCGAGUCUCCAUUUUGUGUCAACAUUUUAUUGAUUCGCCGGUGAGAUUUUGCCGAUCGACCCGUCGAGUGUUCGAGUUGAAUUGAAAAUUUGGUCGUAAAAUUAUUAAAAAUAGUGUGUGUAAUUUGUGUAACGAAUAUUAUGGCGGGUCAAACAAUAAACGAUCGUUUAUUAGCGGCGAAACACAGUCUAGCAGGCCAGGGAUUGGCUAAAUCGGUAUGUAAAGCAACCACCGAAGAACUCCUAGGCCCUAAGAAGAAACAUUUAGAUUACUUAGUCCAUUGUACUAACGAGCCUAACGUUUCGAUUCCUCAAAUGGCGAAUUUGUUGAUAGAAAGGUCACAAAACACCAGUUGGGUGGUCGUUUACAAGGCAUUGAUAACGACUCAUCAUUUGAUGUGUUACGGAAAUGAGAGAUUCACUCAGUAUUUGGCUUCGAGUAACGUGUCUUUUCAAUUGUCGAAUUUUGUCGACAAGACGGGCGUUCAGAGUGCCGUGGGGGCGCGGACCGGCUACGACAUGUCCCCUUUUAUAAGACGAUACGCUCGAUACCUCAACGAGAAGGCUCUUUCAUAUCGAGCAGUGGCUUUCGAUUUUUGUAAAGUCAAAAGGGGUAAAGAAGAAGGUACUUUACGAACAAUGAAUGCGGAGAAUCUUCUCAAAACUUUGCCCAUACUUCAGAAUCAGUUAGAUGCUCUCUUGGAGUUCGAUUGUACAGCAAAUGAUCUCACUAAUGGAGUCAUCAAUAUGUGUUUCAUGCUCCUGUUUCGUGAUCUCAUAAGAUUAUUCGCUUGCUAUAACGACGGAAUCAUCAAUCUUUUAGAAAAAUACUUCGAAAUGAACAAGAAACAAUGUCGUGAAGCGCUUGAUCUCUAUAAGAAGUUCCUCAUCCGCAUGGACCGAGUCGCCGAGUUCCUUAAAGUCGCUGAGAAUAUUGGAAUAGACAAAGGCGACAUUCCUGAUCUCACUAGGGCCCCAAACAGCCUCCUCGACGCAUUAGAGCAACAUUUAGCUUCACUUGAAGGCAACACUCCAACCGCCGCCGCCAAUCAAAAGAAUCUAAAAUCUGGAGUCUCAGUCCUCUCAAACACUAGCAAUGCUUUCGGGUCUGCAGUCGACGAUUCCUUCCAACAAGCGGCUCUUGCCGAAGAAGAGGCCGUUUUGAACCGAUACAAAGCUAACGUUGGCUCACCCACAGCCGCGAGUACCAACCCUUUCCUUAGCGAAGAACCAGCGAUCAAAACCGAACCCAUUUUAGACCUUUUCGGUUCGGAAACAAAUCCACCACCACCACCUACGACUCAACCUACCAACGCACUUGAUGAUCUUUUAUCUCUCGGGAACCCUUUUGCUGAUUUCUCAGCACCGACUUCGACAGCCACCGAUGGAAACCUUUUUGCUGCACCUCCAGUAGCCACCACCACAGCUCCGAAUAUGUGGGCUAACGGUUUUCCAGCCAAUGCCCAAUUUCAACCACCUCCAACUCAGACAACCUUUGCAUCGAAUAACCUCAGUGGGCUUUUCAACACCAAUGAACCGUCGGUUUUCGAUCCUGAAGCCCCGAAACAACCCCCGGUUGUUGCACAGCCACAAAGACCUCCACAGCCGUCGAAACUCCUAACCGGUGACCUUGAAACUAGUCUCACUUCAUUGGUGGAAAACUUGACUAUGGAUACGGGAAGUCGUUCGAAUCAAUGGAACUCGCCCAAGAAUCAGCCCAAACCGCAACCCAUGGCGGCUACAGUCGCGCCGAUUUAUAGACCGAUGGGACAACCCAUGAUGGGUCAACCGAUGAUGAUGAUGGGACAACCGAUGCAGUAUCCACUGGGUGGUGUACAGGUGCAAGGUAGCCCAAAAAUGGGCGCACAGCCUCCUAAACAGGAAGUCAGUUUCGAUCCAUUCGGUGAUCUGUAGUGCUUUAACGAGAUUUUUGUGUAAAUAAUGUUGGGUUUGCGAUUAGGUUUUUUCUGUAUAUAUUUGUUUUGUUUUUAUUGUAGGUUAUAUUUAAAGUGCAAUGUCAUAGUACUCAAAACAAUUCUUAUUACUCGAAAUGAGUAGGUUCAAGCACUUAUUGUCUCGGUUGGCUUUAAUUUUUAUUUAAUUUAUUUGUUUUAAUUAAACUUGUACAUUCCUCAGAUGAAGAUUUGUAAUAUUUAUUCGAAAUGAAGAAAGUAGGUGAUAGUUGUGUAAAGUGGAUCAAAGCAACAAAAUAUACGUUGUCACUAGCUAUAUUUGGAUGCACUUGAUACGAGUACACUUGCUUUAAAUAUUAUUUUUCUACUUAUUAGAGCUAGUCCAUGGUCUGUGCAUAUAUUUUUAAUUUAAUUUAAUUUUCGUGAUAUUUCGAAUUGUUCCUGCUUUAUUAAUUUAUUUAUUAUUAUUUUUAAGUUUAUGUAUAUAAAAUGGCUCUACUGCAGUUAUAUAAAUUAUAUAAUUUCUAUAAGUGUUAUUGUUAUAAAUGAACAAAAAAGACUUAUUGUGAUUAGUUUUUUGCAAAGAAAACAUAACUUUAGUGAUAUUCUUCCAUAAUGGCAACUCAUUAAUUUCACUCAUAACACUAGAAAUAACCAAUUUGAAUGUCGAUUGUUAAGUGGCAUCGAGCCGUAUCGACCGAUUACUUUUGAUGCAAGGUAUGAAAUACCAAAUAUCAGUAGCCAUCAUUUAGGUUUAGAUAUUUAGUUUUUAUUUAUACAUUAGCAAAAGGAAAAACCAUCUGUAUUAUAAUUGUAAUCAAUUGUGACAAUAUAAAGAGAGACAAGAAGCUGUUGGAUUGAAUAAAUUAUGCUUAUGUGUU